GCAUCUUUACCACCCCCCCAAUACGAAAAUGCGACCUCCCGCACUGAGAACAUUCAGGCAGCUCCAGCUGAGGCAGCCCAACUCUUUCCUCCGGCCUUUACACUCCACGCCUCUCCUCCUCGCCGCCGAGAACAACGACAAGAAAUCAAAAACAAAAUUCGUCACAGACCGCCCAGUCAAGGUCGAUCGCUCCCCUGCCUUCCCUCCCCCGGCCAACCCGUUCGCCCCCAAGCCAGAGCCCGUACAUUACAGCGACCUCACACUCGGCAUCUUGUGGAAGAUCAACAAGCUUCUCGGGUACAAUGGCAGGAGACGCACCACCGCGAGGGAAAGUGGAAGGAUGCUGACCGGUAUCAUCGAGGCUGUCAAGCAGGACAAGGUCUUUUGGUAUGACGAGUGCGAUCUCCCGAGGACAUUCCACACCUUCUUUUCCGUCCACCUCGUUUACCUCCUUAUUACCCUCAUCCGGCUCCGCGCUCUUCCCAACCAGAUCCCCAACCCUCUUUCGCCCAUCCCCCAAUCUGCUCUCCCCGGCCAACCGGGCACCACGACGCCUAUCCAACCGCCUUCGCUUAAAGAUAAGUUUGAAGACCUCGUCUCUCCCGCUCACGAGUACAAGUAUCGACAGACGUUGCUCACCCAUUUCUUCAACGUUGUCGAGAAUGAGAUCCGACUGAUGCUCGGUGUAGAAAUCACGAGAGACAGUGCGGUCCAGACGAGGAUGAAGGAUUAUGCGAAUUGGUGGAGGGAAGCGCAGCUCGGGAUGGAUUAUGCGAUCGGCUUGACGGCGAGUGAGGAUCCUCGGGAGAGGGCGGUUGCCGAUGCCGAGCUGGCAAGCUGGGUAUGGAGAUUAAUCUUUGGUCGACGGGGCGAGGGCGUCAACGGCCAAGGCGAGUUGGUCUACCCCGAGGGUGAGGCAAUGAAGGAGGGGAAAGAGUUGGAGAUGGCAGAGCAGGUUGAAGCGAUCGUGAGGUUUAUCAGGAGAGAAAUGGCCAGGCUGGACAAGAUUAGCGAUCGGGAUGUGAUUGCGGGUAAUGUGGGCAUGUUUGGCAAGGUCAGGGAGUGAAAAGAGACGUAUGGAAAAUG